GUCUAGGACCAGUUCUCCAUUAACCGGCGGAAAGUGCAGAUCGAUUUAAAUCUCAGAAAAGUUUAAUAACAAGUCUACAAAAAUGGCCGGAGAAACCGUUGUUGAGACUCCUGUCCAGGAUAACAAAAUCGAGGAGGUGGUGAAAACCGACAAAGAGGUUAUUGCUGAGGAGGAGAAGGAGGCCGCAGCGCAGCUGGAGGAGAAAAAAGACGAGGAAAAGAAAGAGGAGAAGGAGAAGCCAGCGCCUAAAGAAAAGGUUGAGAAGGCUAAAAGGUUCCCUGUUUUUAAACAAGAUUUUGAACCUGAUACUGUUUAUCUGUAUCAGUUCAGCAGGUUGUUCAACCUAAUUGUACUGCAGCCUAAUUGUACUGCAGGUUGUUUAACCUUAUUGUACUGCAGGUUGGCCGCUAAGUUCGAGAAGAGUAUGCCGAUGGAACUGACCGCUGAGCAGAAGAAUGUACAGUACGCUAUGAUCUCCAUGGUUGAAAACCACUUCCACUGGGCUAAGGUACACUGGAACUGCAGGGACAUCAACAACAUGCUGAAGGGAUACAAGAUGGAUCUGGCAGCAGCUGUUGGUAGCAAACUUCCUGCUGCUCUUCUUAACUUCUAUUUCAAGCACUCAUUCCUACGAAAGGGAUUGAGGAGGGUAAAGGCCCAGGGAUUCGGCGCCAGCACCAACGAGGAGAUGGACACUAUGGGGAAGGGAGACAUCAAGGUUCUCUCCGACCUACUAGGGGAGAAGAAGUUUAUGUUUGGAGAUGAACCUUCUCUACUUGACCUUAUCGUAUUCAGUCACCUAGCUCCGGUUAGUAAUCCUUUCAUAACAAGAUUUGUCAGAAAUUUAAAUAUUCCUGUGUUUAGAUGUUGGGGAGAGCACUGGGCCAACGCUACCGGAGAAGAGAUGGAUUUGAACCCUCAUAUCCCAAAGCCUGUCCCUGCUGAGCCCGAGAAGGUUGAGGAGAAGGUUGAAGAGAAGAAGAAGGAGGAGAAGUCCAGCGAGAAGGAGGAGAAGAAGGAGGACGAGAAGGAGAAGGCAGAUGAGAAGAAGGAGGAAAAGGACAAAGAAGAAAAGGAUUCCAAGGAAAAAACUAAAGAAUCUGAAAAGGAAAAAGAGGUAGAGGAAUCAAAGGAAGAGAAAAAGUAGAAAACUGACGACACCGGAAUAUUUUAAUAAUUUUAUUCAAGUUGUUUUACAUAAAAUUAUGAUCUGUACAAAUCUGUAUCAAUAGUUCUACAACAUAAUCAAACGGUGAUUAGAUAUAAUAUUAGAGCACAAACCAUUUCGGUGCACGAACGAGCCCGCCCCCACCUCCUCCAUUUUGUUUCAGCUGAAUUUCCCGCCAUAUUUUCCCGUCAGUUUCCCAUGUUUUUAAAUUACUUUAUUAAUGGCGCCGCGUUGUCAAUGUUCGUGCACCGUUGUUUGAGAAGCCAAAAACCGAAAAUUAGGAACUCCAAAGGUCCGUUAUAGGUGUCUUUCAGACUUUGCUACGUUUUUAAAAAUAAAUGGAAAAGUUCAAAGAUCCUUCCGACGGGGCUGAUUUAAGCCGUUUAUAA